CACACGCUAGUGCUCCAUAGCCUCUGUAAAAUGGUGUGUUCAACUUCCUGGCACUACCAUGGAGAGCUGUCACGAAGCCUCCAUGUUGGAGUACCCCUCCUUGGUUUGCCCCUAUACUCAUAGCCGCACUCUCUGUCAUUCACCACUGGGGCACUGUCUAGCGAUGACGCUGGAUUUCGCUGAUAUCAUGGGUGAUAUCUCGUUUCUUCCCUUGCUAUUGAUAAUACUAUACUCCGAACUGUGGAAGAACCCAUUAUGCGGCGUUGUUACGCCUGGUGGUCCUUCCCUUGGACCCUUGUGUUUUUUAUUUUUAUUUUGCUUCAUUCUGUGGAAGGAACCCGGUAUAUGACAUUGUUAUGCCUGGUGUUCCUUCCUUGUCUUUUCUCUGCUAUGCUCCGCACUGUGGAAGGAACCCGUUAUUCGGCGUUGUUACGUCUGGUGGUCCUUCCCUCGCGGUUUUUGCAAUCUUUUCUCUGCUAUGCUCCGCACUAUGGAAGGAACCCGUUAUUCAGCGUUGUUACGUCUGGUGGUCCUUCCCUUGCGGCUUUUCUUUGUCACUAUGUGGAAGGAACCGUCUCCUGUCUUAAUGGCAUAAACGACGAGAUUAACCCUAGGGCUGAAGGUGCCAUCAUUCGCCUCUCCAUGAAAUGGAGUUUGUGGAUUGCACACCCGUCGGAAAAGUGUAGCUCGUCGUACUAAACUCACAUCGCACGUGUGACGCCUGUUUUAUCCUCUCAUAUCCUUGCUGUC